AUGCCCGGCCCCCUGGCAGGCGUUGUGGGCAAGGUCAGGGCCAUUGUGAAGCCUGUCAAGGGCGAUGUGGAGAUGCUGGCCGCAGAUGAGGCGAGUUGGGGCUGGGAGCGCCAUGUGUAUGUGUUCAAGAAGGGAACCAGCGCCGGCCGCAAGGAGAUGAAAGAGCUGCUGGGCGGCAAGGGCGCCAACCUCUGCGAGAUGGCUCGCCUGGGCCUGAACGUCCCGCCCGGUCUCACCAUCACCACCAAAGUGUGCCAGGAGUUUUACAAGGCCGGCGGCAAGCUGCCCGACGGCGUGUGGGAGGACAUCCUGGCGGCGGUGCGCGAGGUGGAGGCCGCCUACGGCGCCAAGUUUGCCGACCCGCAAGACCCCCUGCUCUUCUCCGUGCGCUCCGGCGCCGCCGUCUCCAUGCCCGGCAUGAUGGACACGGUGCUCAACCUGGGCCUGAACGACGAGGUGGUGGAGGGGCUGGCCAAGAAGCGCGGCGAGCGCUUCGCCUUUGACUGCUACCGCCGCCUGCUCGACAUGUUUGGCGACGUGGUGCUGGGCAUCGAGCACUCACUGUUUGAGGCGGAGAUCCACGCGGUCAAGGAGUCGCGCGGCCUGAAGCUGGAUGUGGAGCUGACGGGCGCGGACCUGCGCGAGGUGGUGCGCCGCUUCAAGGCGGUGUAUCAGAAGGAGGGCAAGGAGCUGCCCAGCGACCCCUACGAGCAGAUGCUGCUGUCCAUCAACGCCGUGUUUGGAUCCUGGAACACGCCCCGCGCAGUCAAGUACAGGGAGAUCAACCGCAUCCGCGGCCUGCUGGGCACCGCCGUGAACGUCCAGUCCAUGGUGUACGGCAACCUCAACGACAACUCGGGCACAGGCGUGUGCUUCACGCGCAACCCCGCCACCGGCGAGAAGCUGCUGUACGGCGAGUACCUGCCCAACGCGCAGGGCGAGGACGUGGUGGCGGGCAUCCGCACCCCGCUGGACGUCAAGCACAUGGCCGACAACUUCCCGGCAGCCUACCAGGACCUGGUGGACAACACCACGCUGCUGGAGCGCCACAUGCGUGACAUGCAGGACUGCGAAUUCACGGUGCAGGACGGCGUGCUGUUCAUGCUGCAGACGCGCAACGGCAAGCGCACGGGGCCCGCCGCGCUCAUGGUGGCUGUGGCCAUGGAGAAGGAGGGGAUGGUGAGCCGCGCGGAGGCGGUGCUGAUGGUGGAGCCUCGCCAUCUGGACCAGCUGCUGCACCCCAUGUUCCAGGGCGUGGACAAGCCCGAGUACAAGAAGGCGGUCCUGGGCAAGGGCCUGCCCGCGUCCCCCGGCGCCGCCAUGGGCCGCAUUGUGUUCACCGCAGACGAUGCCGAGAAGUGGGACAAGGAGGGGGAGAAGGUCAUCCUGGUGCGCCUGGAGACUUCUCCCGAGGACGUGGGCGGCAUGCACGCGGCACAGGGCAUCCUGACCGCGCGCGGCGGCAUGACCAGUCACGCGGCGGUGGUGGCGCGCGGCUGGGGCAAGCCCUGCGUGUGUGGGCUGGACAAGCUGGAGGUGGACUACGCCGCCAAGACCGCCACGCUGAAGGGCCAGGUGCUGAAGGAGGGAGACUGGCUGGCACUCAACGGCUCCAGCGGCGAGGUGCUGGCGGGCAAGCAGCCCGUCAAGCCGCCCGUCAUGAGCGGCAACCUGGCCGUGUUCAUGGAGUGGGUGGACUCGUUCCGCAAGAUCGGUGUGUUUACCAACGCAGAUACGCCCGCCGACGCGCUGGUGGCCCGCAAGAAUGGCGCCCAGGGCAUCGGCCUCGUGCGCACCGUGACGAUCCGCCUGCUGGACCCUCCCCUGCACGAGUUCCUUCCUCACGAGGGCACCCCAGAGCUGGAGGCCCUGUGCGACACUCUGGCCACUGAGAUGAAGGGGCGGUCUGGGCAGCACAUGAACGCGGUGCGCAUCCUCAAGAACAAGAUCCACGGCCUGCAGGAGAGCAACCCCAUGCUGGGGCUGCGCGGCUGCCGCCUGGGCAUCCGCCACCCGGACAUUACCGAGAUGCAGGUCAAGGCGAUUCUUGAGGCGGCGGUGAAUGUGAGCCAGCGCGGCAUCAAGCCCUUCCCCCACAUCAUGGUGCCCCUGGUGGGCUUUGAGGAGGAGCUCAGCCACCAGCCCUUCUGGGUGUCGCAAGCUACCGCCAUCCUGUUUUACAGCUUCAGCAAGACGGCGGUGUUUGGGGGCAGGGCCAAGGGGCACGGCUUCCUGGUGGCACGGCUGCCCACCGCGCACAAAACGCUGAUCAGGUUCAGCGCUCCGCUCUUCCUCGACAUCAGCUAUGGCAGCUUUGGCCUCAGCCUGGGCCGCACCACCACCUGCAGCUUUUUCCAGGAGCAGCUGCUGGCCAAGGGCAAGCGCACGCUGCGGGGGCUGGACGCCUCGGUGCUGUGCGGCUGGUCCCUACAGGAGCGCGCCGACUUCCUCACCAUGAACUGCGCUGGCGGCAUGGUGGACACCGUGGGCGUCAGCUCCGUGUCUGGCGGCAUCUUUGACCUCUCCUUUGCAGGCAAGCGAGGGGGGAGGCAGCCUGGGGCCGCACCGCACCCGCGGAGGGAAGCACCGCCUGCGCCGUGCGGCAGCCUGUCGGUGGAUAGAGCCAAGAAUGCGGCGGCGUACGGCGACGUCAAGCCCAGCCAGAUCCUGGAUGGCACGCUGGAGCCGCCGCCGGAGAUGCAGGCGCGUCCGCUGUACACGGAGCUGUCGCUGAUUGUGCACCAGGCGGAGGCGGACCGGCCGUCUGCCGCACCCUCGCGUGUCAGCGCCUCGCUGGAGCGCUACUCCACGGGCACCGACCCCGACCGCUCGCUCGUGCUCAACGACGGCACCGCGCUGUGGGCGGACGACCCGCUGCGGCCGCGCGGCGAAAAGGCGCCGCUGGCACGGCACUCUGUGUGA